UACGACGAGUGUACAUCACGAUCGCGUCAAAAUCCCCAAAGUAGUGACAUAAAAUAAAUUUUUUUUCCAUUUUUUUGGGGAUUUUGGUGUUUUUGCCAGCCGAUGGUAGAAUAGUUUUCCACGUGUCUAUAAGCCGUGUCUUAGUGUAAAAAAAUAGUGUUGAUCGUCGCCUGCGUGCCAUGGCGAGCGAUAUAAUUAAUUACUCUUCGCGACAUAAUUAUCAGCCGAAUUAUUCAGUUAAACAAGAAUGCACGACGGCCAUCAGUGCGGCAGCUGCGCCGUCGUCGUCAGCAGUGGCCGGCGACGGACGUUACGUCGUCCAGGACCUGUCGCCGUCGGCGCCGUCCUACUGGAUGCCGGGCGCGGAACAGCACCAGCUAGUGACGUGUGUCGUGGGUCACCCGAUCGGUAGCACCGCGUCGUCUUCGUCGUCGUUCGUGGACGACGAGUCCACGUCGUACGAGGAUAUUACGUAUAACAAUUACGGGCCGUCAUCGGUGGCCGCGCUGCAGGCCGCCGCCGCGGCCGCGUCCGCCGUGGCCAACUGCGAUUACGGUAGCCUUUACGGUCAUCAUAUGCAGCAACAACAGCAACAGCAGCAGCAGCAGCAGCAGCAACAGUUGCAGCUGCAACAGCCGUUGCUGCAGUACGGUAACGUCGGUUACUACGAAGGCGGCGGCGGCGGUUACCAUCAGCUCGGUCACUUGCAAGGCUAUAACGAAAAGCCGGUGGCGUACGACAACAACAAUGCGGCCGAUGUUUGCGACAUGAAUUCUGCAGUAACGGCCGCUCCAGUGGCUGUCACUUACGACGGCUCGUACGCCGCGCCCGACGUGUCACAGCUCGAUCGACAGCCGCUCACACCACAGUAUCGUACUGCACAACAAAACAGCAAUAACAAUAACAACAACACCGUUGCCGACAACGAAGACGGCGACGACGACGAAGCAAUACGCAACGACGACAACAAUACACGACUGCAACUGCAACGGCGACAACAGUCGCAACAGCAACAGCAUCUGUUGCAGCAACAGUGCAUUUCUUCAGAGUCUGUACCGACUACUCUGAUGCCGGCGGCGGUGCCUGUGGUGCGCGUUGUCAAGCGCAGGAACACGGCCAACAAGAAGGAACGGCGGCGAACGCAGAGCAUCAACAACGCAUUUUCCGACCUCCGGGACUGCAUACCCAACGUACCGUCCGACACCAAACUGUCGAAAAUCAAAACGCUUCGAUUGGCCACAUCCUAUAUUGGUUACCUGAUGACCGUGCUGGACAGCGAUGACCCGGACACGGACGGUUUCAAAGCCGACCUGUCCGCACACACGUCCAAGCGGUCGUCGCAGGUGCCACACGUGCAGGUCCUCGACAAGACCCCACAACAGCAGAUGAUGGUCGCCCGAAACUCUUUGAAUACUACCAAUGAACAUCACCAACACCAAGAACAUCAACACCACCACAAACGGAGCAAAGGCAGGACCGGGUGGCCACAAGAUGUUUGGGCAUUAGAACUUAAACAAGAACAAGUGUAACGACGCGCCUGGUGUAUGCCUUUCAGUGACCUUUUUAGUUGUUAAAGAAUGAUCAAAUCAUUUAAGGACAGAAAAUAAAUCUUAUGCCUGCGCGUAAAGGAUCGCCACCACCGAUCAUAAGUGUAUUUAGUUAUAAAUAAUGUGUUAACAGUUAAUAGUUACAUAAUAUACCUAUACCAUAGUAUAUUAACUUUGUGUAUAAUGUUAUACACGAAACCACGUAUUAUACAUUAUACACACUAGAUACAAUGCGAGACAUAAGUUUAUUAUAUAUUUAUUUUAUUUCUGCAACGAUUCAUCGCGUUAAACAAUAGCCAUGUUAUUAUUUAUUUAUUUAUAUCUAAGAUUGCUGUUAAACAUUUUUUUUUUUUGUUUUACAACACAUUUUAAUCACACAAUUGCCACAUAAAUGGUGAGAAAAUUGUAGCUAUAUAGAACAAAAUAUGUCUGUACAUAGGAAUAAUAUUAAGGACAGAAAGUAGGUGGGUCAAUCCUCGCGGCAACACACAAUAUACGAGUAUUAUACACAUUUUGUAUAGAGCACUGCUGCAACUGAGUCCUGUAAAUAUAUGAUCCAUCACACGGAUUUCGCUUCCCGUCAUUUCGCUUUAAAAUCGAGAGAAAUAAGAUUGGACAUGUUAUUAUUAUUAUGAUAGGUAUAUAUAUUUUAUAUUUAUUAUUUGUUUUUUUUUUCUUUAAUAAAUCUUUUGAAUAUUUUGUAAUUACUUCUAUACUAUACAA